AUCGAAAAUCUUCGUCGGCGCCAGAUGCUCGCCUGGACCGCAAAAAGCGAAUCGAGAAAAUCUGCCGGGGCGGAGUUGUUCCGGCGCCGAGCGCGGCGUUAAUCCGCGGUUAUCUCCGGGACGGAUAAGGACCCUUCACCGGAUAGAUGGGAUGGGUUGGGUUGAACAUCACUGCAUUUAUAAUCACUUGUUUUCUUCGAUUAUCUUGGGUUUGCUCCAGAUUUUCACUUAAUCAACCUACACUACUAUACAAACGGGCAAAGCAGAUCGUCACCAUGCUUCCACCAGCUCUCAACAUCCCCAAAUGGCUGGAAACCAACUCCCACCUCCUCCAACCCCCGGUAAACAACUACUGCGUCUACCACCCCUCCUCCCCCGCCACGCAAGGCUACACAGUAAUGAUAGUCGGCGGCCCCAACGCCCGAACAGACUACCACAUCAACACGACCCCGGAAUUCUUCUACCAAUAUAAAGGCUCCAUGCUCCUCCGCACCGUCGAUGAAUCCACCACCCCGCCCACCUUCCAGGACAUUCCGAUCCACGAGGGAUCAUUGUUCCUGCUGCCGGCGAAUACGCCGCACUGUCCCGUAAGAUUCAAGGAUACGGUGGGUGUAGUGAUGGAGCAGCCGAGGAAGGAGGGGGCGGUGGAUGCGAUGAGAUGGUAUUGUCGGAAUAAGGAUUGCGGGAAGGUGGUGUGGGAGAAGAGGUUUGUUUGUACGGAUUUGGGGACGCAGGUUAAGCAGGUUGUGGAGGAGUUUGCGGGCGAUGAGGAGAAGAGGACGUGUAAGGCUUGUGGGGUUGUGGCGAGGUCGAAGUAUGAGGAGGGGGAGGUGGUGCAGCCUUAGUCUUAGUGCUUCUUUGGGGGUUGUUUGUUGAGUAGGUUGCUGUUUGGUGGGUGGUGUUGUGGUGGAGAGAUACCCUAUUGGUGAUGUAUGCGGUUGGUUGGUUGGAUGUAAUAGUAGCUGUGUAAAAUUGUUUUCUAUUUUGCUUCCACAAUUUCAAUAAGAUCUUGACCGGCUAGAGAUUCUGGUACGAUGCUAGACUGUGUCUGCCAAGGCAGCGUAUACUUGGAUAGUGGAU